UGGGAGAGGGACGUAGUACCCCUAAUGCUAUGUUAUAUCGAUAGUUUUAUUCAGUUCCACCAUUGAGUUUCUUCUUCUUCUUCAUCCUAGUAAUAAUCGUAGUAGUGUUUGUUUUUUUUAUUCCCAAUUAUUAUGUCAGAAGGAGGAAAGAUAGGCAGGGAUUUGGAAAAAUUACCAGUGGGAUUUAGAUUUGCUCCCACCGAUGAAGAACUGAUUGAUAACUAUUUGAAGCCGAAGAUACUGGGCAUGGAUUUCAAGGUAGAGAACAUCCCUGAGGUUGAUAUCUGCAAAUGGGAUCCGUGGGAAUUACCAGGUUCUUCAGUGAUGAAAGCAGAUGAUCCUGAGGGGUUCUUCUUCAGUCUUCUUGAUUACAAGUAUUCAAAAGGCAGUCGUUCCAACAGGACAACAAAGGCUGGCUACUGGAAACCCACCGGUAAGGAUCGUGACAUCUUGUCUGGGACCAACAAAGAGGUGAUUGGUACCAAGAAAACUUUGGUUUUCUAUAUAGGCCGUAGUCCUGCUGCCACCAGGACCAACUGGGUUAUCCACGAGUAUCGUACAGAUAUUGCGGCCCUUCCUGCCAAAAGGCCCUAUGUUCUGUGUCGCUUAAAGAGAAAAACAGAUGAGAAUACAGGUUCUGAUAUUCCAAUCCCUGAUGAAGCUGUUGCAGGUGGGUUCUCUCCAGAAAUUAACUUUAAUGGUACUGGGAUUCAUCUGAGUGGCCAAGCCAACAACAAGACCUUAGGUGCUGGGCCGAGCCACCAUUCUAGCAAUGUUGGAAAUUCCCAAGUAGAGGAAAUGACUUUAGAUGAGUAUCCUCAGCUACAAGGUUUAUUAAAUGAUUUCACAUCUACUCCACCGGGUUCUGAUUGGUUCUCUAAAAUACAGCUAGGACUUGGCUUGGAUCUCCCAUCUCCCAGUGGCUUUAACAAUAGCUAUGGAAGUAUGCAGUUUCAGGAUGGGUUUGAUACAGCAGAAUUCGUGGCUAGCCUCAUCGUUGAACAGGAUGAAUACCAUUGUGAAGGAUUAACAGGUCAGGGGAGCUCAGCUGUUGAUGGUCGGAACCUGAACAAUGGUUCUGCUGGCAGGCUAUCAGCCGGCCCACAGAGCCCACAGAAGGGAGUGUAUGGUAAGGACGGUGGAUCAAGCAGUAACACUGACACUACAGUGCUCCAAGGUUCCUGUUUGCAGGCCAAAGACAGGGCAGAAUAUGGUUAUCCGCUCCAGAACAAAAACCCCAUCAGAGAGUUCAACAGAGACUGCAAAGUUACUGAAAAAGCAAAUCGAAAGCGGAGUUCAAUAUGGAAUGAGCCAGUCGGAAUGAAUAAAAAGGGUUCCUUCAGUUCCCCAGAGACAGCUUCUGCAAGCCAUGAGCCAAGUUCCUCACCAGGUACCGACCAGCCGUUCAUAACCAAAAAAUUCAUACAGUGAAGAAGCAUCAAGAAAGAGAAGCAUGUGUGUUUUUUUAGCAGCAUGGAGAUUCAUACAGUGAAGAAGCAUCAAGAGAGAGAAGCAUGUGUGUUUUUUUAGCUGCAUGGAGAUAUCUUACAUAUUGGCCUUGUUGGUAAAUGCUUUAUAUGGAGUGAGGAUUAGUUUUUUAUGGGUGUAUAAAAAUGUGUGUUGUCUUUAAGGAUAUUUGGGUGUUACAAGCAGUCUGGAUAGUAGAUGUAACAUUGGUGAAGACUCAAGAGAAGCAAGUGGGUUCUGAAAUAUCGAGAUAUCUUGAACUCAAGGUUGCAAGGAUACUACUUAAAUACUUGGCCAUAGCUUGUAGAUGCAGUGUGUGGAGUGAGGAUCACUUUGUGGAUGAAAACAUAUAUGUUUGUUGUACUAGAUAUAUAAGUAUGUAAUGUGUUCAAUGUAAAGAGGAACAAAGCAGGUGACCAUCCUUCUUUGUAGUAUUGUCCCUAAUGACUUAAAUUUAGGGAGCUUUUGGAUUUUAUUUUACUUUAUCAUUUGGUGUCCUUCUGUAUGGUUGUCUUGUCCCUAGUGGCUGAAACUCCAUGAUGUAUAUUUUCUCAGAAUAAAAGAGUGUUUUGAUUUUGUUUUCUUGAU